AGCUAAGACUGCAAGGGGUGAAAGAGACAGUCUGAAGACUGAGGCAUAUGGUCGCCUGUGGCUAUCACGUUUUCUUUAAUUCAGUGGUGAUAGCCUAUAGGCGCUUGCUACCAAAGAAGAUUCUGAUCAAAGCCAGGAAAAAUUCAGAACUGCCCCCUUCUAUGACAGCUGCCAUACUAAUGUAGAGGAAGGCGCAACCGGCUCUCUUAUCUGACUUUUUAAGACGCUUGCUUUAUACUGGAGAUACUUUAAUUUUGGGUUCUCCUCCUGCUCUUGGUGUCGGAUAUUGGAAGUACUGGACUGAUGCACACAACUCCAAAGGGUUUUAGAUACUUUUGUUAACAGAGCUCAUUGAAGGUAACUAAAUAUGAGAAGAAAAUUAGACUUGUCUGACCUGACUGAUGAUGAAGCUGAACAUGUUCUUCAAGUGGUCCAACGAGAUUUUACCCUCCGCAAAAAAGAAGAAGACCGACUGAAUGAAAUGAAACAGAAGCUUGAUGAAGAGGGAAACAAGUGCAGCAUCCUUUCUAAACACGGAAGAUUUAAUGAGCAUUGUUGCAUGCGUUGCUGCUCCCCAUUUACUUUUCUCAUCAAUCCUAAACGACAGUGUCAAGACUGCAAAUACAACAUCUGCAAGAGCUGCAGUUCUUAUCAGAGAAAAGAGAAAGCUUGGCUCUGCAACAUGUGUCAGCAAGCUAGACUUUUAAGAGAUCAGUCCCUGGAAUGGUACUACAAUAAUGUGAAAAGUCGCUUCAAGUGUUUUGGAAGUGCUAAAGUUCUGAAAAAUUUAUAUAGAAAACAUCACCUGGAAACUGGAACUUGCUGUGACAUACUAGAAGCAGGACAUUUUUAUGAAGGAACCACAGUAAAUGAAGAAAGCAAAUGUAACACUGAUUCUGUGUUACAGACAGAGGGACAUAGCAUGUUAAGCACUAUUGCUGUAGCCUUGCAUGUUGCAGAAGAAGUAAUAGAAGAAGCUAUUUCCAAGGCAGAGACAUAUAGUGACAGCUUGGACAAACUGUCUGAAGCUUGUUAUUUGCAAGAUCAUAAAGAAGAAUUGAUACAAGAACUUGCUACCACCAUUGUCCAGAAGAUUAUGAGAAAGCUGACAGUCAAAACUAAGCAAGUAGAAGCUAGCUUUGAAAGGCCACAGUUCAUGAGCAACAGAAGUGUGACAUCUGCUAUUCCUCCAAUACAGAACAAGCUGACUUUUCAAAGGAGUCCUAGGAAGUCAUAUGCAUUAUGGAGAUCCCAGUCUGCAUUUUCACUGACUAAUGAAGCUACAGCCCAAGACCCAAUCCUCACAUCAUCAAUGUUUGAAUCUACCUUGAGAGAACCAAAUGGCCAAAUCAAUAAACAAAAGCACAGGCUGUCUACAUUUCCCAGUUGGAAGAGUGUGGACCAAUUAAAUGAACCAAAUAAAGAUUUUCCUCCUGUUUUACAAAGUACAGAUGGAAAUUGGGUAGCCUUGCAAAAUGCCAUUUUGCCUUGUCCACGAAUGCUUGCCAAACCUAAGAGCCAAGUGUUCAAAGCUUUGGAGGAAGAAUCCACUGUUGUUUCUGCUUAUGAUGAGAUGGGCUCAGAUAGCGAAGAUAAUGGUGACUGGAAUGUGACUUUGAACAAACUACAGCAGAGACCUCAGGAGCUUUCAAAUUAUAUUGAAGCUCAGCACAAUGCUGAAUGGAGUUAUGACAAUGAAUUAUACCAGUCUAUGACUUCUCUAUCACCUAAGGGGUUUACCAUUGAGACAGAAUACUCUGAUUCAGAAAUAUCACCUGUUGAUUCUUCAAGGGAGACUAUAGUAUCUAGCCUCUUAGGAAUACAUAAAGAAAUUUGUAACAAUAAAUACAGAGAAGAAAAAACAGAGUUGAACGAAGAAUUUGAUGUUAAUUUUAAUCCACAGGCUAUCAGUUUAAACUGUUCAGAUAGUAGUGAAAAUGAAGAAACCUAUCAUUACUUUGAAAAGUCAUCAAAAAGAUGGGAAGAAAGCAAUGUUCUCUGUGAAGAUUCAUGCAAAAGCAAAAAUUACACAAAACCACCUAACAACAUGGGUACAUAUCAGGUAUUUGAUAAUUUAUCAAAAAUUGACAUCAGUUGUGCCAAUCAACAUCAACAAAGUAAAGUACCCUCUAUGGAAGAAAGGAUGAAGGCAAGUUUAUCUGAAUUAUCAAUAAAAAUAAAAAAUAAUAGAGAAGCGUCAGAGGAAGAGACAUCAGAAUCAAAAACAGCAAAUGAAAACCAGAAAUCAGGCUUUGCUUCAGAAACCAAUAGUAAAUGCUUCCAAGAAGAAUUUAAAAAGAAAUGUUCUGCAGCCUUCCUCUGCAACAUAUCUACUGAAGUCCUAAAAGUAAUCAAUGCAACAGAAGAAUUCAUUGCAGAAUCCACAAAGCUAUGUGAUUUCCCAGCAGAUACAUAUGAAAGAGGGAACAGAGAAUUUCCAUUAGGCACAAACGUUAUCCAGCUUGAUGGGCAGCUCACAACAUUGGAAGAAAAUGUCUAUCAGGCAGCUGGCAGUGUAUAUGGCCUGGAGAGUCAGCUAAAUGAACUUGAGGAUGCAGCUCGUAAAAUUAGCACCGUUACUGCAGAAGCUGAAGUAGCUGAUCUAGAGGAACAAGUGACAACAGCUGCAGCACAUGUUAAUCAUGCAGAGCUUCAGAUUUCAGAUAUUGAGAGCAGAAUUUCAGCCCUUUCAGUAGCAGGCUUGAAUGUGGGUCCAUAUGUUCAUUUGACAAGAAGACGUGAUCAUCAGACAAGUCAGAUGCAUACAAUAGACACAUCCAGACAGCAGAGACGAAAGCUUCCAGCUCCACCAAUGAAAGGUGAAAACAUGGAUGCAUCUUCAAUUUCUUCUAUUAGAACAUUUAACAGGAAUUUCAUACUCCAAGGAUCUCUGACACAAAGAACAAAAAAAGAAAAAAAAAUCAUUGCAAAGGAUUUGAUGGAAUCAACUAUAGGGUCUUCUGUAAUGUAUUAGAAUUACAAAAUUCUACUGCCAAUGACACACUGCCUAGGGCUGCACACUAGUGCCUUUAUAUAACAGCCAUUAUAUACAUCCAGUAAAAAAAAAUCUUAAGAAUCUACAAUGCCUCAGUAAUUGUUUAGAUACCUCAUUUAGAAAGAUGUUCAAGUCUUCAAUAUUGUGGUCUGGUCAUCAAAGCUCUGCCUUAAAGUUCUAAAAAGACUCCAGGAAGUACAUCAAGUUUCAAGACGUCAUGUUUUAAGAUGCACUUUUAUUCACACUGUCAAUUGUACUAAAAGUAUGUUACCUUUAGAAACAGUCUGUGUUUUUGUAUUAUUCUCAGUUCUUCAAUUAAUUUUAGUCAUUGUCUGGUUUAAAGGUAAAAG